AUGGAAUGGCCAGGACAUGACAAUGACAUGCUAUGCAAAGAGCAGACUCAUAAGCUCAAUAGCAUUGCUUCAUUCAAGAGAAGGAAACCAGAUGUAACUGAGGAAGAGCUCCAAGCCAGAUACCCAGUCAUUCCAGAAGUCCCCAGGAAGAAGAGUAAAAGAGAGAUUACAGCCUGUCAAAAACGUGAAGGAGAGAGCAACGAUGCAUUUUCAAGGUGUUUGCGAGCCACAGAGAAUAAAUGGAAGAGGGAUGUGCAACAAUCCGAAGUAGAAAGUGAAGCUCCUGCUGCAGGUCCAUCCAAACGGCAAAAGCGCACUGAGGAGGCUUCUUGGAACAUUCCAAGCAAUCCUGAUCUACCUCCUCAUAUUAGGGUUUGGUCUCCCUCCAUCAAGACCAUCAAUAACCUAUCAGCAUCAUGUUCGGCAGGACCAUGUCCUGUUGUUGACAUCCCUGCUCCUUCUAGCACUGACAAAGGGAUCCAAUGCGACCUCAGAAUGCCCCCACGCCAUGUAACAGAUUUUGGUGUCAGUGCUUCUGGUGUAUCCAACGACAUGCCAACCAUAUCCUGGCAUCAAAUACGUAUGCCUGGCAACUCUUCCAUACCCCCGGCUCACAUUGUACUACUGUACAUUCCUGAAGGAUCAGAAAAUUUACUUCAGCACAUGAGUCCUUUGGCCUCAUGUCAUCUCAUUCUGGAAGAUACCAAUGAGCAUAUCAUCUUUAUACACCCACCCUUCCCAGACGAUAUGCAAUUGAUUAACACCAUUCUCAAGCAUUUAGCACACAAUCGAGGUGUUAAACUAGAAGGAUUUCGCAAACCAGACAUCGUCGAGGCAUUGACAUCAGAGUACAUGGCAAAGCAUUGGAAUGUUCAGCCUGCACAGCUCGUCGAGGUCCAUGAUACGUUGCAAAGCAUGAAGAAACCUGCUGACCCAUUCAAGAAGAUGCUGCAUUCCGAGUUCAUUGAAGGCGUCACUGAUCCAACAUGUAGUGAAAAGAUCCUUGAUGGUCCCAUGUCACAUCGAGGAGCCCCCCCUCCUUUUGGUCUCAUGGAUGACAGCUAUGGCGCUUGGAAUAAUAUCUCAUCGCAGUACAAUUGGCCACAUGGACUAUCCAGAGAGCAAUAG